AUGCGAAGCCUCACGACGAGUCCGCCCCUACGAGCUCCCUUCUCACUUCAACCGCCACUUCUUCCUCACAUCCUGCUGCUGCACAGCCGCUCUCCUCCGGUGUCCAGACACGCCGCAGCACCGGACACGGAGUGGGUCCAGACGUUCCUCAAGGCGCACGUCGACGACACGGUGGCACGUCGGCUGCCCACGAUGAUCGCACAGGAGGUGCGGCGACAGCUGCGGGGCGUCCACCCGGUGGCGGUCGCCGCUUCUUCUUCUUUUUCGCCUUCGCCUUCGCCGUCUUCCUCGCCACCGAGGGACGGUGGGCGGGUGAGGGCCGCCAGCACUGCGACUGGCACCAUCAGCAGUAGUGGCAGUAACGGCGGUGGUGCGGUGGACUUGCGCGCCGCGGUAGGGCUGCCGCCUCUCCCUCCUCCACCGCCGCCCGCAAACGCACUCGACGACGAGAUUGCGGAGAAGAGAGCAGCGUCGUCAUCUCCAUCCUCCCAUAUUCCCUCCCCGGCGGACGAGGCACGGCGCCAGCGGGCGCAGAUCCUGUCCGCCAUCGAGGACAUUGAGCGACAGGUAAACGCACUGCAGCGCACCGUCGAUCAGGCGGCAGACGACGGCGAUCUUCGACGACGCCGGUGGGCGUGCCUCUGUGCGGCCCUCGACACGAGAAUGAAGGCGUCGCUACGAGCGGACCGCAGCAAGGAGGUGGCGGGCAGCCCCGUAGUUGCGGCAGAGCAGGCGGAGCUGCCCUUCCACCUCCGACUGGAACACUUGCUAGACCUCAAAGAAGAAACGGCGCUGUUGAGCACGCUGGAGCGGGUAGUGGGGUGUCUACUGCCAGCAACAGCAACUUCAGCAGCAAAUGAAGGCGGUGCCUCUGCGACCGCACGGCGCAACCCCGUGACGUCGCCGGUCAACACGGACCCGAUGCACCGACCUGUGCGAUCUCUCUCUCACUUUUACGGUGAAGGGGCCACCGCCUCUCCGGUGUUGCCGACACAGCAGCUGAACUACGCCGAACAGCAUCCGCAUCCGCAGCAGCAGUUUUCUUCUCUGUCGCCGUCGAUGCCGUCACCCAUCGGACCUGCGCCGCCGAGCAGCGGUGAGCCGCCGUCUCCGCAGCCCGUCGCACCGUCCGGCGCCACACGCGGCCUUCACCCUCGGGUUGUGCCCCCCAAGCCGGAAGCAACGUCGACCGCGACAGCGGUCCUCUCCGAACCACAACCGCGGCCACCACUACAGCAUGGGAAUGUGAGCAGAGGUGUUCGAUCCAUCACCACCAAAGGCGCCGUCGUCGCCGCCUCUCCGCCCUCCGCGCCCUCCAACGUGAAGAGCCCCUCGACGUACGCGAGCGACGCCCCAGCCAACGUAUCCUCGAUUUCCGACUUCGACGGCAGCACGCGUCCGAACGGGCUCGGUGGCACCGCCGUGCGCCGGCCGGUGCUGGCACCGUACGAGUGUGUGGACUCGACAACAACGCGCGACGGCACCGGACGGGUGCAGACGGACGACCGCCACCGCGCAAGACGAACGGCUUCGGCCGGUGCCUCCCUCGCCCCUCGCACAGCAGGGACGGCGGGACCUCCCGCACAGCCGUCCGCGCACCGCGAAGCGACGACGUUGCACCAAGGUCCACUGGCAUCGUCGCACGCGACGGCGGCUACACGGAGCAUCACGCUCGGGAUCGAUGCCGUGAACGUCCCCGCCGGGGUGCUGCCCGACGCGUUGGACCGGCACGGCGCCGUUCGCGUGCAGUCCGUUGCGCCUCAUCAGCUCGCUGAGAAGGCCGGUUUGUGCCGCGGUGACAUUCUGCUGUCGGUUGACCGUCGAGGCAUACAGAGUUGUGAGCAGCUGCGUGAUGUGCUGACGGCGGUGCCGCCCACACAAAGCAGUCUUGCCGUAGAGCUCUACCGCCACACCGCACACCAGAUCAUCACAGUGCUGCUGAAGCUCUAA